AAGAGGCACUUUUUCUGCCGACACUGGUUACCCUCACAAUGGUAUUAAUAGCCAGUAUGAUUGAUUUUCAAUCCUGGCAGAGACAGCCUCUCACAGCAGCACCCAGCUGGGCUGUCAAAAUGUGUCUCCUCAUCAUAACAACGACUGAGUAUUUAUACUGUGGACAUUCUGAAACCCAUUCCAUUGAAAAGAUAGAUUGCAACGACUCAUGGUGCAGGCAUAGCAAAGCCCAUGGGACGAAGGAACAUUGGGGCCUCGAUUGUAGGUGCAUUGAAUAUCUGUGGAGGGAUCACCGUUACACUCCCCCGGUCGGAGGACUUUGUCCUCAUUGCAUUCUGGCUCUUGAAAACCUAAAAGACGUGAACACGUCCACAGCAUCGCAAAAUGAAGAUGCAUCGCUCAUCAUGCAAAACCCGAGACAAACGUCCAUUCCAAUGGUCGUCCCGGACCACAAAGAAAAAAGGAACACUGGUACAACGAGCUGCAGUGCGAGAAACAUGAGACCGUGUGGCAAGUGCCAAGAGGAGAGAAGAAAGUGCACACCAGUUCAAGACGAGCCGGCUCUGUGCCAGCUGUGCAAAAAUAGCGGGAUGUUAGAAUGCCCUCCACAUCAAUCGAGACGUGCAGGAGCUAGAAGGGGCAAUUCCAUGGCUUCGAACGGGGUCAUAGAAUACAAAUUCGUCAAUGCGAGCUCGCUUUGACUGCUUUGUCCCUGAUGCAGCAAUGUGCGGGCACUAUUUGUAUACUUAUUUGGCUAGAAAAAAAGCGGCGCAAGGUCGUGGGUUCGGUUAGCCCGGAGUAAGCGGAACUUGCGGUACGCCAACCGCGCAUCGAGGGACUCUCGGCAUUCUAUAUCUACAUCAUUGAGAGCGGCGCAAAAGAAGCACUCAGUCGUGGUAACUCCCCUUGAUCAUCAUUUAGAAGCAAUGUAAAUGUCUACAACACGUAAUAUCAGAAUAAUUUCACCGAACAGCCCGGCGGUACAUAAGGACAAAGAAUACACGUUAGGAAACAUGAAGUCAUGACACAACGAAAC